AUGACGACCCGCCUGAGACUCGUUUCGGGCGUCGUUUUGGCGAUUGCCAUCCUUUGGGUCGGUCCGCGUAGAGGCUCAGAUCCGAUAGCAUCGGAAAGCGCCGUACCAACGGGGAGCGAUCCCGCCCUGAGAGAAGAUGUCGCCUUGUUAGACCGAGCCAUUUCCCGCCCUGUUCAAGUCCCAGAGGCGAAAGAAGUCGUGCUACUCGUUCAUGGCACCGGCAUGACCCCAGAGAUCAAUUGGGACCAUACUCUACUGCCACCUCUCGUGCAAGAAGGAUUUCAGCCUUAUUAUCUCGCAGUUCCAAAAAGACUCUUUCUCGACAUCCAGCAUAACGCAGAGUAUGUCAGCUACGCCAUCAACAAGAUCGCAAGUGAGCAUGACGCUCGCAUCUCCAUCAUCUCCUGGUCCGCUGGCUCGUUGACCACCCAGUGGACUUUGACCUUCUUCCCUGAGACUCGUGCCAAUGUCAAGCGCCAUAUCUCGCUGGGCGGAUCGCUUCGUGGUUCCUGGAUGAUGGCCCCCCUCUACUACUUGAGAAUGUACUCCGCCGCCGUGGUCCAGCAGCUUCCUUGGUCCAACUUCCUCGCAACGCUCGCCAAGUUCGGCGGCACGAGAGCCCACGUCCCUACUACCAGCAUCGGAAGCAGCACAGAUCCAUUCGUGCAGCCUGGAUUUUACGGCGAGGGCUGGCUCGGCCGCAACGACGCCUGGAGGCUGGAUGGGCCGCUUGCCCAAAACAUUGACUUGUUCAAAGUGUGUGCUUCCAAGAGACUCUCAGAGUGGAAGCUGCCGCGCCCGAUUCUCCAUGAUACACUGCUGUGGGACCCGGCGAGCCACAAGAUCAUCUUUGAUGCUCUCAGGAACGAGAAGACGUUCGUCGGCUCGGCUGAUGUGUUGGAGAGCUUGGACUGCGACGGUGGUAUUGCUCCGCAUCUGGGGUUGGAAUCGAAAGAGGCUCAUGGGGACAUCUUGCCUGAGCUUUUUAAAUAUGCGCCCACCCAGCCGCCUACUGGCUGGCCAGAGGUUCCGCUUCGUGAGUAUGCGCAGUAG